AAUAUAAUAUCAGCAGCUCGGCCUUUGAAGCCACUAAAAGUAUUAAUCACAUUUCAAUGUUUACUAAAAUGAAUCAAAUUGCUAGAUUCUUAGAAAGUUAAGACAAGAAGUUUCAAUUGUUCAGAAGCUUCCAGCACAAAGGGAAAUGUAGUUGACGAAACCGUCGGCUUCUUGAUUGUCAGUGGCGUACAGUUAAUAUUUUUGCAUAAAUAUAGAACACAGGUAUCACAAACUUUUAAGCACCUUUGAAAUUCUGUACAGUUUUUUGAUUAACAAAGAUAAGAUAAGAUAAUCUUUAUUGUCUCCCUUGAGAGAAAUUUGUCUUGGACAAAACUACAGACUCCAGACGCCACAUAUAUAACAAAACAUGUAAAAUCACAAUAAACAAAAACGCAUCAUCAUAUCCCCCCGCUCUUUGCAUGGUUUGCAAAGAUCUAUUUUUGCAACAAUAUAAGUUAUGAGAAUCUUAUCCUCAUGGCUGUAUAAUAAUAAACAGCUGGCAGACUUCACAGCGGCUAGGUGCAAAGGUAACUGAAUCCGUCCGUGUGCACCACUAAGACUCACUAGUUAACACAUUGUCAGGGUGUUGAGAAGGAGAUGUUAUUUUUGCAUGUGCUUGCCGUCUCAGAAGUGUUAAUGGUCUGAUUUGUAUUUGACCAGGAAGACACCUGAUGCACCAGUGGCUCCAUCUGUCAUGGCCAUUAAAGGCUCAGACAAAGGCGAUUCAGAUGAGAUGACUUCUAUCAUCUUCACCUGCUCUCAGUGUCCUUUCCAUGACUCGGAUGAAAACAGCCCCCCUCACUUCCACAUGCAGUGUGUCCACACAGACGUGUACAGGAGUCUCUCAGAGGCCAAAGCGACGCCGUCUCCCUCCGGCACCGAUGAAAUAUUCACAUCCAUCAAACUUUUCCCCAAAGGAACCGCAGAGCCGAGUCGAGAAGAUCCGCCCGGUGACUGCCGUCAAGGUGACGCUUCUCAGCCUCCAGGUAAACAGAAGGCUCUGACCUGCGAAACGUGCGGUAAGACAUUCACCCGGGCUUCAGACGUCAAAAGACACCAGCUCACCCACACCGGGGAAAGACCGUUUCACUGCUCGCAGUGUGACCGAACCUUCCAGCACUCGUGGGAUCUGGCGAAGCACGAGAGUAAGCAUCACGGCGUGGCCGUUUCCUUCUCUUGCCAGCUCUGUGGGAGUUCCUUCGCUAACCUGCGGGCGCUGACGGUCCAUCAUAAGAAAUCCCACUCGCAGGAGAGUCAGCUUCCUCAGAUCUGCUCCAUCUGCAGCCGGAGUUUCCCCACCGCCGCUGAGCUGCUGGAGCACCGGAAGGCCCACGUCACCACCAAACGCUACGUCUGCCAGAAGUGCGGCGAGGGUUUCGACACCCUGCUGGCGCGCUCGCAGCACCGGCAGCUGCACCAAGUUAAGCUUCAGUUCAAGUGCCCGCAUUGUGAGAAGAUGUACACUCGCAGGUCGGAUGUGAAGAGGCACCUGUCCACUCACACGGGCGAGCGGCCGUACAAGUGCAGCCAGUGCAGCAAGAAGUUCUCCCUCCGCUUCAUGCUCAUGAAACACCUCCGCGUUCACACGGGAGAGCGGCCUUUCCAGUGCUCCCACUGCCCCAAGAGGUUCACGCUGGUGUCCGUGCUGGCCAGACAUGAGAGGAUGCACACGGGAGAGAAACCCUUCCUCUGUUCCCAGUGUGGGAAGGGCUUCCUGUCCCAGGGAGAGCUGUCCAAGCAUCACCGGUCCCACGUGGACGACAGGCCCUACUCCUGCCCCCAGUGCGACAAGCGCUUCAAGAGUAAGAAAACCCAGCAGGAACACAUCGUGUCUCACACGGGGGCCCGGCCGUACCCCUGCACCUACUGCGGGAAGGGCUUCAGCAAGCCGUACGCGCUGACCAGGCACAACCUCAUCCACACGGGGGAGCGGCCCUUCCCCUGCGGCCACUGCGAGAAGUCCUUCCUCACCCUGAGCGAGGCUCAGCUGCACCGCAGGAUUCACACGGGGGAGAGACCGUACUCCUGCAGCGUCUGCCAGCUCAAGUUCAAGAGCUCGUCGGAGCUGGCGCGACACAAGCGCAGCCACUCCGGCUUGAAGAGGGAGAAGCCGCUCUGCGAGCGCUGCAUGAAAACAUUCACGUCAAAGACCAAGCUGAAGAAACACUUGGAGACACACGGGGACGAUGCGCAGGCUGCACAGGACUCCAGGGAACCGGCCAGUUAAAUGGCGACGGUGUAAACUUACAGAAAAGUGUCUUCGGUGUCAGAAUAUUUAGGUCAAAUAGUAAAAUUAAUGAAAUAUAUAAAACUCUGAUGAGGAGACAACUAAAUUUAUAGCUCGGAUGAGAAACAUGAAUGUAGUGCUGCAGCUCUAAACCUUUGAAGAAAUCAUACUGAGACACAAACGAAUCAUUAAGCCUACUAUUGUGUACUUUCUAACAGUUAUUUUGAGUAAAAAUCAUGGAGGCCUUGCUC